GAUCCUUUUCUCUCUCCUUGUAAUUGUAGCAGGAAGAAGCAGAAUGGGAAAGUAUAAACGUGUUGCUAAUGGCGCAUGGCUUAAAACCUUUGUGUCUAGUCAAAAGAACUGAUAUUAAAGAUCUCAUCAUUUUUGACAAACAAUCAUCACAAAGAAUGAGGCAGAAUUUGAAAGUGUUGAUGGAAGAAACAGCGUGUCAACAGAGCAUGAUACGGGAGCUCAUAGAAACUAAUCAGCACCUUAAAAAUGAACUUCAGCUAGAGCAAAACCGAGCAUCGCACCAGGAAAAACGAGCUAAUGACUUGGAAGAAAUUAUGGAAAGCAUGAAAGCCAAAAUUGGUGUAUUGAAAGACGAGUCCCUAAAUAGGGUUUUCCAGCAAGAGAAUAAAAUAAAAGACCUUCAAAAGGAGCAUAAACUAUUACAGACGAAAUGCCAGCAUUACAAGAAAAAACUAAUAGAGCUAGAAGACACCAUUUCAUGUUUGCAAAAGGAUAUCCACAGACUAACAAAGGAGGAAGAAGAGCGUGUUGUCACUCAGAACAGAGUGUUCGCCUAUCUCUGCAAAAGGGUUCCUCAUACAGUCUUGGAUAAACAGUUGCUUUGCCUAAUUGAUUACUAUGAAUCUAAAAUUAGAAAAAUCCACACACAAAGGCAAUAUAAGGAAGAUGAAAGUCAGUCAGAAGAAGACAAAGACUACAGAAAUAUGGAUGCCUCACCAUGUUAUAAAGGCCUUCUAACGUCAUUACACAAUCAACUCCAGGAGUCAAAAUCCAAGAUUGAUGCACUUUUAAGUGAAAAGCUGAAACUCCAAAAAGAUUUGGAAAGCAGGCCCACAGAGCAUGAAUUAAGACUUUAUAAACAACAGGUGAAGAAACUGGAAAAAGCCCUUAAGAAAAGCAUCAAAUUACAAGAGCUUAUUGACCAAAAAAAGACUGGUAACCUGGAAAAAAAAGAUGAGUCAACCAAAGAAAAUCAUCAAAAGGCCCUAAUGGACCAGAGAUAUUUUCAGGUGUUGUGCAGCAUCAAUUCAAUUAUUCACAAUCCAAGAGCUCCAGUAAUAAUUUAUAAACAGAGCAGAGGAGGAGCCAAAAACUUUGAUGAAGACAUUGUUCAAGAUUGUGGAUUUGAACAUCUUGUUCCUAUAAUAGAAAUGUGGGCAGAUGAACUGACAUCCUUAAAGGGUCUGUAUAAGUCCUUGAAAAUACUGUCUGCAGAACUCAUACCUUGGCAUGAUCUGAAGAAGCAGGAUGAAAAUGAAGGUGUCAGAGUUGGGGAUCUGUUACUUAUGGUAGAUACCAUGUUGGAGGAAGUUGAAAAUAAGGAGAAGGACAGCAACACAUCAAACUUUCAAACUUUGCAAGCUAUUGUUUCUCACUUCCAAAAACUAUUUGAUGUGCCUUCUUUAAGUGGAGUCUAUCCCAGAAUGCAUGAAGUGUAUACUAGGCUUGGAGAAAUAAACAAUGCUGUGAGAAACCUCCAAGAACUCUUGGAAUUAGAUAGUUCAUCCUCCUUGUGUGUGGUGGUAAGCACAGUUGGAAAACUAUGUAAGAUGAUUAAUGAGGGUUUGAAUGAGCAGGUUAAGCAAGUACUAGGACCUGAAGCCCUCCAAAGCAUUAUCAACAAAUUGGAAGAACAUGAGGAGUUUUUCCCAGCAUUUCAGGCUUUUACUAAUGAUCUACUUGAAAUCUUAGAAAUCGAUGACUUGGAUGCCAUUGUACCUGCAGUAAAGAAAUUAAAAGUACUUUCAUACUGAAAACAAAUCAUUUUUACUGUGUAAAUUGCAUUCUUAAUAUUUUAAGUAUUUAUAGAAUUGAUCUUGAAACAAGAGUUCAACUGUCAGAAUUCAUCCUCCUCUUAGCAUUAGGUCACUCUUGAUGUAAUUUUUAUUUAUUUUUUAUUCCUUUAUGGAAAGUAGUUAAAUUAUUAAAAUAGUAAAUUAACUUCAUAAUCCCUUAAUCAUUUCCCGAGCAAUUCUUGAGUGCUUUCAGUGUUUUACUAGUUAUUUUAAAGUAGAGUUUGUGUGUUAAAAUGAGACUCAGGGAGAGAAAUCUCAAAUUAUAGAAAAGUGCAUCCAAGUUCAAGGUUUAAUGACUUUUUGGUCAGGGCAAAAAGAACUCUAAUUGCUUUCUAAGUCCAAGCAGUAAGAAGUUACUGCUUUCCUAGCAAAGAGUAAUUGGCACAUUCCAUUAAGAUACCCCUUUGGCUGUUGCCCUUUCAAAGGAGGAGGAAGAAAAGUAAAGUUUUCUGUUUGUGUUAGGAUAGGAAAUUAAUCAUGAGGUAAAGUAGAGAAGUAGGUAAAAAUCUUUCAGAGAAAAAAUGUAUUUGCAAUACUGAUGUUAUGUGUUUUUAUAAGGGAAUAAGAUCUCAAAUAAAUUUUUUGUGAAA